AUGUUUUCUAGCAACAUUUCUGAUGUUAACGAGCAUCAUCGUGAAGUUCGAUCGAAACGCGACGUCUUUAACCUCUACUCAAUGAUUAAAUGUGCAACAGGCUGUGAUCCGUUGAUCUACAAAGGCUAUGGUUGUUAUUGUGGUUUCCUGGGAUCAGGAAGAGCUUUGGAUGGAAUUGAUCGUUGUUGUAAAGCUCAUGAUUAUUGUUACAAUUCAGCAAACUAUUACAAUGUUUACGGGUGUAAAAUAUAA